GCACUUCCUGGAGAUUAAUCACUAUUUUGCCUUGCAAAUUUGGGAAGGUUAAGAGAAAUUAGUAAAGUAGGUUGUAUCAUCCUUGGAAUUUGAAAUUUUUGGAAAUGGUCCUACUGCCAUUUGGAUGAAAGCAAGGAUGAGUCAAGCUGCGGAUGAUCCAAACAAACACUGUCACUCUUUAAAAGCUGGGCUCCCGAGGGUGGACCUACAAGGAGGCAGGCAAGACAGCAAGGCGUUGAGACAACAUAGAGCUAAGUAAAGCUGGUGGAAAUGAAGAGUCUUCCAUUCCUACUUUUGUGCUGCAUGGCAGUUUGCUCAGCCUAUCCGUUGGAUGGAGCUGCAAGGGAUGAGGAUGCCAGAAUGGACCUUGUUCAGCAAUACCUAGAAAACUACUACAACCUCGAAAAAGAUGCGAAACAGUUUGUUAGAAGAAAGGACAGUAGUCCUGUUGUUAAAAAAAUCCAAGAAAUGCAGAAGUUCCUUGGGUUGGAGGUGACAGGGAAGCUGGACUCUGACACUCUGGAGGUGAUGCGUAAGCCCAGGUGUGGAGUUCCUGACGUUGGUCACUUCAACACCUUUCCCGGCAUGCCAAAGUGGAGGAAAACCCACCUUACAUACAGGAUUGUGAAUUAUACACUAGAUUUGCCAAAAGAUGCUGUUGAUUCUGCCAUUGAGAGAGCUCUGAAAGUCUGGGAAGAGGUGACUCCACUCACAUUCUCCAGGCUGUAUGAAGGAGAGGCUGAUAUAAUGAUCUCUUUUGCAGUUAGAGAACAUGGAGACUUUUACCCUUUUGAUGGACCUGGAAAAGUUUUGGCUCAUGCCUAUGCCCCUGGGCCAGGGAUUAAUGGAGAUGCCCACUUUGAUGAUGAUGAACAAUGGACAACGGAUACCACAGGGACCAAUUUAUUCCUCGUUGUGGCUCAUGAACUUGGCCACACCCUGGGUCUCUUUCACUCAGACAACACUGAAGCUUUGAUGUACCCAGUCUACAACCCACUCACAGACCUGACUCAGUUUCACCUGUCUCAAGAUGACGUGAAUGGCAUUCAGUCCCUCUAUGGACCUCACCCUGGUUCCCCUGAGAAACCUCUGGUGCCCAAGGAAACUGUCCCUCCAGAAACUGAGACACCAGCCGCAUGCGAUCCUGCUUUGUCCUUUGAUGCCAUCAGCACUCUGAGAGGAGAAAUCCUAUUCUUUAAAGACAGGCACUUUUGGCGCAAAUCUCUCAGGAAGCUUGAACCUGAAUUGUAUUUGAUCUCUUCGUUUUGGCCGUCUCUUCCUUCAGGCAUGGAUGCUGCAUACGAAGUUACUAGCAAGGAUCUUGUUUUCAUUUUUAAAGGAAAUCAGUUCUGGGCCAUCAGAGGAAAUGAGGUACAAGCUGGAUACCCAAGAGGCAUCCAUACCCUAGGUUUCCCUCCAACUGUAAGGAAAAUUGAUGCAGCCAUUUCUGAUAAAGAAAAGAAGAAAACAUACUUCUUUGUAGAGGACAAAUACUGGAGAUUUGAUGAGAAGAGGCAUUCCAUGGAGCCAGGCUUUCCAAAGCAAAUAGCUGAAGACUUCCCAGGGAUUGACUCAAAGGUUGAUGCUGUUUUUGAAAAAUUUGGAUUUUUUUAUUUCUUCACUGGAUCUUCACAGUUGGAGUUUGACCCAAAUGCAAAGAAAGUGACACACAUUUUGAAGGGUAACAGCUGGUUUAAUUGUUAAGAGAGAAAUGUAGAAAGUACAAUAUGGCAUUUUAAAUGAAGCUAAUAAUUCUUUACCUAAGUCUCUGUGAAUUGAAAUGGUUUGUUUUCUCCUGCCUAUGCUGUGACUCGAGACACACUCAAGGGAACUUGAGCAUGAACUCUGUAUCUUGCCCGUCAUCUUUACAUGAUCACAGGGCAUUCAAACGGGCUGCUGCUUAGCUUGCACCUUAUCACAUGAAGUGAUCUUUCCCAAGAGAAAGGGGAAUCACUCAUGUGCAACAGACAAGCAACUGUAUCUAUGUAGGCUAUUUGCUUAUUUAUUAAAGACGAUUUGUCAGUUAUUUUA